UUAUGUGUUUGCCAUGGCAACGUUGUUUGUUUGGACGUUCCUUCUGCUAUUAGCUACUGCUGUUAUCUUUAUAAAUGGUGAUUCAAGACCCAAUGUGCUUUUCCUGAUCAUUGAUGAUUUCCGACCCGCCUUAGGGAGUUAUGGAGAGCAAGUAAUUACUCCCAACAUGGACCAGCUUGCUGCUCAAUCAAUCAGAUUUACAGAUGCCCACGCACAGCAAGCUUUGUGUGCUCCAAGUAGGAUAUCUUUCUUGACGAGUAGGAGACCAGACUCAACUCGCCUGUGGGACUUCAUGUCCAGCUACUGGCGAGAUGCAGCCGGAAAUUUCACAACAUUACCUCAGCAUUUCAAAGAGAAUGGUUAUUACACAGUGUCGUUGGGAAAAGUUUUCCACAGGGGUCGAUGUUCCAAUUUCACUGAUGAUUAUCCAUUGAGCUGGUCCAUUCCUGCCUUCAGGCCAACCACAAAAAGGGAAACUAAAAAAAACAAGCUGUGCCCUGGACCUGAUGGCAACCUGUAUUCCUACACCAUGUGCCCAGUGAAUGUAACAAAAAUGCCAAAAGGGACUCUACCUGAUAUAGAAAUAACGGACUCUGCAAUAUCAGUCCUGAGAAGCCUCUCAAGAACCAAGAGGAAAGUUAAAGGAAAAGGACGUCAUAAAGUAACGCCUUCUACUGAUGGACAUCCAACCCCACAUACACCAUUCUUUAUUGCUGUUGGCUACCAUAAACCCCACCUUCCAUUCAGAUAUCCAGAGAAGUACAAGGACCUGUACCCCAUUGAGACCAUAGAAAUGGCCAAGAAUCCUUACUUCACAACCAAUCUGCCUCCCGUUGCCUGGGAACAUUGGAAAGAUGUCCGUAAAGGGGAGGACAUUCCACUUUCUGCACAGGGUGUGGACUAUUAUCAACCAAUGCCGGACAAAUAUCAUCUCUUGAUGCGGCAGGCAUAUUUUGCAACUACAUCUUAUAUCGACCAUGAAGUGGGAAGAGUUUUAUCUACUCUUGAGGAGGAAGGUCUGGUAGGAGACACAAUCAUUGUACUUCUUGGAGAUCAUGGUUGGCAACUGGGAGAACACCAAGAAUGGUCUAAAUACAGUAACUUUGUCUCAGCUACUCGAGUACCACUCAUUUUCCAUGUACCGGGUCUGACAGACAAAACACAGAGACAUCAUCAUCACAAGUUCCCCAUGAUGGAUCCCUUCUAUAGAACAAGAACCAACCGCCCUGAUUUAGAGACCCCAUCAGUCAACUACUCAGGUGAGUCUAGGUACACAUCAUCAACCGGACGUUAUCCAGGCUUUGUUAGUAACUCACUGGUUGAGCUUGUUGAUGUUUUCCCCACUGUAGCCGAGUUAGCCAGUUUACCCGUUCCUCCUCUGUGCCCUGUCGAUGCCUCUGGUGUUGCGCUAUGCACAGAGGGUGUAAGCCUCGUUCCGUUAAUUCAUCACAUCACUGACACGCCCAGCAAAGUGAAAGUCACCAACUGGAAGAAUGCAACUUUCAGUCAGUAUCCACGCCCGAGUUUGUUCCCGUCGCAUAAAACCAACACCCCAUCCCAGGAUAGAAUCGCUUAUAUGGGUUAUUCAAUGAGGACAAAGAAAUAUCGAUACACGGAGUGGUUGUCGUUUAAUAACUCAAACUUCAAUGUGAGUUGGGGCGAUCCUUUAGCGAGGGAACUCUACAUCUACAGCCAGGAUCCUCUUGAAGAUGUGAAUGUAGCCGACAUGUCUGAGAAUGUACAGAUUGUCAAAGAGCUUUCUUAUCAGCUUGGACUCAACUGGAGACAUGCACUACCAGUCUUCAAUGAAGACACUACAACAGUGUCUACUCCAACAGAGUGGUAUGUGAAAUGACAUACUAUGUGCGCUGGCAACAGCGCACACCAUAGCCCUUCCAACUCAUUACUCAUUUUUGUACUUUUUUGUGUCUGCUAUUUUAACAAGUUUUAACAGCUCAUAUUGUUUUUUAAUGAUUGAAGAGAAUUAUUGAAAUAUUAUAAAAAGUGAAUUUCUUUUGUUCAC